AAUAAGGGCUCACGAGACACCUCUUGUGCUCAACGUCUUCCCCAGAAAACAGGUGUUCGAGGCUGCAAUAUAUUUGUAGGCAAAAAUUGCCAUUGCGCUUGAAGUCGGCGAUGAAUGGGGUAUCGCAGACCUCGCUAGUCGUGCCAGAUUGGUCGUUGUUUUUUUAUCUUUGGCCCUCACAGCAGGUCGGCCUAUUAUUUGUGGAACAGGGUUUUCUUAUCACAGAUUGCCCCAGUCCGUGUCUUUUUAGUGCCAACCGGGCGAGACAUGGUCAGAUAACACUUGAAAACCUUUUCCCGCAAGUUGCGGUGCUGCUGGGCGAAUUCGGCCAAGUCCGAAGUGACUAUAUUGCUCCAGUGCUAUUCGGGUUUGAUAACAGGGUUACCACUGGAAUUCAGGGUUAUAUUUCCAUGCCAGAGAAGCAUAGAAAAGCCUCGGGUUUCUCUCUCCAUGCGAACAGUUGCCAUCGAAGCAGCAUAUCUCCGUUAAGGUUUCUGGUCCACUUCGGCCCAGCCUUUAGUCGCGCGUGCUUGUGUUGCAGUGAGUGGGUCAGGGGAUUCGGGUGAGAGCAGCAAGCAGUCAACCACUACUACUGUGAUAUGUUUACUCCCUACUCGAGAUAUAAGGAAUUGCUCGCAGUG